UUUUACCAGCCUCCCUCCUCUCAGUCGCUCUCUCUGUUUUUGGCUCCACACGUUCAGCAGCAGCAGGAAAACGUGCCUCAGUUCUGUAGGAGAUCCAACGGUCCUCAUAAACUGGACUACAGCUGUUCUCCUGCACUGAGACCAACCAGGAAGAGUUCAUCACAGAAAACAAACGGCUCAGCUACAACCCCAGGAACCGUUCAGGGAGCUAAGCAGCAAGCAGAGGUCAACGACAACAGAGAGCAACACGGGAAAAACCAGAACGUUCUUGUUCCUGUCUGAUGAAAUACAUGGGCACAAGGAUGAGAAGGAAGAGAUGAAGCUGACCUCUGGAGAAACACGCCUCUCUCCUGGUUUAUAAAAAUAUCAAACCGUCGCCAUGACGAUCGGACAGCCUGAAGACGUACAUGGAGGACGAGAGGAGGCUGGAGGGAGAGCUGGCCCGUCAUUCACCACCCUGAGCACCAUCGCAGUCCGGGCCGGCCAAUCACUGAUCGUCAUCUCUGUCCUCAAGAGUGGGUCUUUAGUCCACCUCCAGCUGGUCCAGGUUCAUCCAGGUCUCAGUGAGAUCGGAUCAAACCAUGAAGAAUGUCAGAUCCUGAUCCAGGAGCAGCAGCAGCUGAUGGAGAAACUCCAGAGACAUGAGAAGGAGGUGCUGUCUGUGGUGGAGAAGAGCGAGCGGAGGAAGCAGACGAGGAGGAGGACAGAGGGGGAGGAGGUUUACCGAGCAAUGACCCAGUCUCUGAAGGAGGGAUGGUUACUGCUCCUCCGUUUGAUGGCCAGACGACAGGAAGUGCUGACACUAGCGUCAGACUUUUACAGCCGAGCGAGGGAGUUUGCUGAGAGAAUCAACAGCAUUGAGAAACUCAUCCAUCAUCUCCUGGGUAAAUCUCUGCAGGUUUUAACCAGCAGCAGCAUUCUUCUGCAGAAACUCAGACAGCUGCAGAGGACUGAGGCCUUCCAGAGUAGAGGAGGAGUACUUCAGGAGGAUGAGGACAACGGGGAGAAAGAGGAGGACUCACAACGCUGCAGUGGGCCGGCGUUGAGAGUGGAGGAGCUGGUGGAGAUGCUGCAGGACCGGAGGAGGAGAGCAGACCAGGCUUUCAGGCUGCAGCUUCGACAGGCUGAGAAGCUCAGUGUGGUCCAUGAGAAAGAACACAGGUGCAGGGAUGAAACUACAGAGGAAUGGAGACUGUGUGUGGACGAGAUCCUGGACCAAAACCAAGGGUCCGAAUCAGAACCUGAGGAUGGUACAGACCUCAGGGUAGAAUCCAGGACAGAAGAAACCAGAGAGCUAGAGUCUGGACCCACAUCAGAUGAAGAGUCUGAUCCAGAUCUGAUAUCUAGGCUGACCUUAAAAGAGACAAAAUGUCCAGAACGUUAUGCUGGAUCAGAUCUGCAAUCUGGGUCCCCUCCAAGUCUGCCUCCCGUACUUGGAUCAGGACAAAACAGAGAUUUGAAGCCUGGAUCCAAAUUUGUAGAACCCACAAUCCCCCAAAAUAGGUCCAGAUCAGACCUGCUGUCAAAUUCCAGAUCAGAAGAGAUCACGACUUUCAGAUCAGGACUCAGAUCAGACCUGCAUCCAGGAUCUGGGUUACAAAAAUGUUCAGAAAAGACAAAAGCUCUUCAGUUGGAAUCCACCUCAGGAUCACAGUUUGGAUCAGAUUCAGGCCUGCAGGCUGGAUUACACUUCAAGCCAGAAUCUGGACCAGAUGCAUUCAAAAACCUACAUACUGAUCUAAAACUAAACAUGAGGACUUGGUCCACAUCAGACAGGACACCUGGAUCAGGAUCCAGAUUAGAUGCAAGAUCUCAGUCAACAUCAGAGUCAGCCACAGACCUUGAACCUGGAUCCAGAUUACGAGAGAUCACAACUUUGCAGUUUGGAAUUAAGUUAGACCUGAGGGCUGGAUCCAGAUCAGACCUCCAAUCAGAGCCUACAUCAGAGACCGGAGACCUAAAGUCUGAAUUCAGCACUAGAAACUUUGGAAAAAGAUCCAGAAUGGGCCUAAAGUCUGAAUCCAAGUUAGAUCAAAAACCAGAAUCACAGGAAACUGAAGAACUGUGUGCUGAACCGGAAACAGAUGUGCAUCCUGGAUCCAGAUCAGUGGAGACCACAGAGACCAAGUCUGGAAUAAGUCUUGGUCUGAAGCCUGAAUCCAUACAAGAGGAGAUCGAAGACCCUGAACCCAUUUCUGGGUCAGACCUGCUACCUAAGUCACGGUCUGAGCAGACGGGACAGUUGCAACCAGAAUCCAGGCCUGAUUUGCAGCCAGGAUCUAGAUUAGGUCUGGAACCUGCAUUAAGUCCAGAUAAGAAAGACCUGCAGCAAGGAUCCAGACCAGAUCUAAAGAAGGGAUCUAGAUCACAGCAUUCCAAAGACCUGGAGCCUGAAUCAAGUUCAGAUCUGACACCAGGAUCUAGGACAGGUCUUCAAUCUAGAAUUAGAUUAGAGCAAAAUCCUGGAUCUAGACUAGAGGAGACCAAGAACCUGCUAUCUAGAUUAAAAUUAAACAGUAAGACUGGAUCCAGACCAGACCAGAUGCUUGGAUCUGAAUCAGACAUGCAGCCAGGAUCAAGACUAGAUACAGAAUCUGAUUCUAGACCAGAACAGAGCAGGGAUAAGCCUGUAUGCAGACCAGAGGAGACCAGACACCUGCCAACUGGAUCCACAUCCGAGGAGAGCAAAGACUUGCAGCAAGAAUCCCGAUCAGGUCUCAGGCAUGGAUCUGAAUCAGAGCAUUCCCAAGGCAUGAAACCAGGACCAAGAUCAGAGAAAACUACAUAUCUGCAGCGUGAAUGUGGAUCAGACCUGAAACCCGGAUCUAGGACAAAUUUUCAGUCUAGAACUGGACUAGGUAUUACACCUGUACCCAGAUCAGAGGAGACCAAACCCAUGCUGUCUACAUUCAAGUUAGAUUUUAAGUUUGGAUCCAGAUCAGCAUCAGGCAAAGAUCAUGGAUCUAGAUCAGAUACAGAAUGUGAGUCCGGAUCACAAAAUACCGAAGAUAGCGAGCCUUUAUCCACAUCAGAGGAGACCAGAAACCUGCAAUCUGGAUUGAAAGUAGACCUAAAGACUGGAGUAGACCUCCAAUCAGAUUCUGAAUCAACGGAGCCUGAAGAGUCUGGAGAUGGGUCAGAGGAAACCAGAGUGAUCAUUGAGACUGGAUCCUUAACAACAAUGAUGCAAGAAUCCAGUCUAGAUCGUACACCAGAAUCUAGAUCAGAGGAAUCCAAAAACAAAUCAGAGGAGAUCACAGAGCAUCAGCCAGGAUCCAGCUCAGGUCUAAAGCCAGGAUCCAGACCAGGAAAUACCCUUGACCUUCCUCCAGGAUUGAACAAGAGCAAAAACUUAGAACCUCAAACAGAUGUAAAGCAGGGAUCUGGAUCAGUUGAGAUACCUGACCUGAGUCUGAAGGAGAGGACGAACCUGCAGCCUGGGUCAAGAUCAGAGAAGAAAGAACACCGUCAGUUAGGAUCUGGAUCAGAGGCUGAAGAUCUUCAUUUUACUAAACAGAAACAGGAGACCAAUCAGCAAAGAGUUGAGACUGCAACAACCAGCAGCCCACAAAGUUCAGGACUGGGGAGCAGGCUAGAAACAGAGACCCACAGUGACCACACCCACCAAUCCUCUCUGACCAAUCAGAGACAUCAGCUGCUGUCGUCAUGUGAAGACCUUGUGGACAAGGUCUGGAGCUGGGUCCAGCAGGGCAGCAGCGUUCUGUCCGACAGCAGGGAGACGGGACGGCAGCUCAGUGAGGCUGAGCACACUCUGGACACUCACCUGCAGCUGCACACACAGGCUGAGUCUGCAGGUCAGGAUGCAGAGAAAAUGAAGCAGAUCCUGGAUCAGUUUAAAGCUCUUCAGACAGAUUUAACCAGCAGUCUCCAGCCUCACGGUGAACCAAGCAGGCAGACGUCCUCUCUGAAGGUCCUGACAGAGCAGCUGAAGAAAGGCAGUGAAGGAAGACCAUUCAGACCGGACACUGCUCAGCCCAGUCCUUCUGCUGCUGACUUGAGUGGGUCAUUAUAUUCUCAACUUGCUGGUCGAGUUAAUCUGAUUCUGAAGGAGCUGCAGAGUCUGAACAGAAAGAUCGACUCGAACCUGCAGCUGCUGCAGCCCUACGUCACGUUUCUCAGGAUGGCACAGCAGGUAGAGGAGGAGAUUGAGAUCUACAGGAGGAGCCUGGAAGAAGAGAAGAAGAAGAAAUGUGUUAGCAGUAACUUCAGUUUAACUGACGUUUUUAACUCACCAAAGAAGAAGCCAAACGUCGCCUCCUGGCAGGAAACACUGCAGAGAAUUCUCACCUGUCAGGACCUGGGAAACAACGUAGUCAACACUGUGUCUAAGGUGUCUACAGCUGGACUGAAUGUAAAGGUCAUGGUGUCAGUGGUACAACAGACACUGGAGAGACUCCACAGAGCCAAACAGGAAGUGAACAAACUGCUGACUCAACAGGAAACUGAGAUCCAGCAGCAGCAGGAAUACUGCAGGAAAUACGAGGAGAGAUUCCUAAAGACUCUGCAGGACCUGAAAUGUGUCUCAGAGUUGCUGGACUCCUGCACUCAGAUGGAUCUGGGUUCAGACCUUCAGACCACCAGACUGCUGGACCACUUCACACAGGCCAGACCACAUUUUAAGAAACUGGACGCUGAGGUAGAGAUCCUGGUGAAAGGCUGGGAGACUCUUAGAGGGGUCGGACUGGAGGUAACAGAGUUGGGAGGACCAGCAGUCAGGGAGGAGGAUCUGUCAGAGAUGCUGAAGCUUCAUGAAAGGGUGAAGAACAAGAUCCGUCAGAGCGAGUCCAUCCUGGACCAGACCAGCAGCUUCCACCUCACAUCCAAACGGUUGGAGGCGCUGCUCCAGUCAGACCCUGAAAGUCUUUUAACUGGUUUAACCGGUUUAUGUGGGUCCAGUGAGGCUGAGAUGAGGCAGCACAAAGAAAAACAGCAGCAGAUCCAAACUCUGCUAAAAACCAUCUCCUCACUGAAGAAUGAAAUCUGUACGGCUGUCAACCAAAAGGGUCCCACAUGUUUCACGGUGGAGCAGCUGGAGGCUCGACUUCUGUCUCUAGACUCUCUCUGCGUCUCCUGGCUGAAUGACGCCAGACAACGUGAGCAAAACCAGCUGCUGACCCGCCGGUUCAACAGCGACAUCAACCAGGUCCGUGACUCCUUUAAAGAGCUGAAGAAACGUUUCAACAACCUGAAGUUUAACUACAUGAAGAGGAACGACCGGACCAGGAACACGAAGGCUGUCAGGAACCAGUCCCAGCAGGUGGAGAUGUACGAGGAGAAACUACAGGCGCUCAGGAAACGUCUGCAGGGUGUGACGGCACGGUUGGGGUCAGAGGUCAAAGACGGGGGCGUGGCUCGAGAGGCGGAGGACGCCAUCAACGAGCUGCAGAGACAGAUGGGAGAGUUUGAACGCGGCGUGAGCGAACACCAAAAGACGCUGGAGAUGACCUGCAAACUGCAGCGAGCCGUGGAGGAGUAUCAGUUCUGGUGUGAAGAAGCGAGCGCGACCAUCGCUCGAGUCGGGAAGUUUUCAUCUCAGUGUCGCAGCACAGAAGCCGUGUCCGUUCUCUACCAGCAGUUUGAGAAGUUUGUGUGGCCGACGGUUCCUCAGCAGGAGGAGAGGAUCAGUCAGAUCAGCCAGCUGGCCGUCAGACUGCACGGGGUGGAGGAGGGGCAGCGGUACAUCGAGAAAACGGUCAGUAAACACUCAGAGAUGGUGAAGUCCAUCAGAGAGCUGAGUGAUGGACUGUUGGAGCUGGAGGCCAAGCUGAAGAAGGAAAAUCUCAAGCAGCAGCAGCAGAAGGAGCGAGAGAAAGAGAUGAAAGAAGAGGAGGAGAGGAGAAAGAGUGAGACGGAAGAGAAAGAUGAAGGGAAGAAAGGAAACAGAAAGUGGAAAAACAAGGAACAGACGGAUAAUCGCAGCACACAGGAGAGGACAGAAAUGUACGAGCUGAAGGAGACAGGCCACACCCCUGAGCUGACCAAAGAGCAUGAUGGGAAGGAGGUUCCUGUGAAGAGGCAAACAGCAGCCAAUAAGAAACCUCCGUUCCAGAAGAGCCGGAGCCAGGAGGUGGACAGCGUCGGCUCAGAGGACAGACAACAUUCCUCCUCCUCCUCCUUCUGCUCCACCCACACCUUCAGCCUCUCCUGCUCCCCCAUGUUGGCCAGCCGAAGGAUCCACGCCAUCCACAGCCAAUCACAGCCCGUCGAGCCUCAGGCCACGCCCCCUCUCCCAUCGUUCUCUGACAUCCCGAGAGAGCUUCAGAGGAAAGACACACAAGAAAGGAGCCAGCAGGAUGCAUCAGCAGGAGGUCUGUCAGAGACGGAGCUCCAGCAGCAGGAAGUGAUGUUGGAGGAUUACCUCUCCAACGACGAGUACGAGUGUGUGUCACCUGAUGAUAUCUCCCUACCACCACUGGCAGAGACACCAGAGUCCAUCAUGGUCCAAUCAGACGCAGAGGAGGGAGUCUGCUUCAGUUCCCACAGCGUCCACAUCAACCAGUGCAGCCACCAGUACCACGCACCAUCAGAGCACUGGGGGAACAGUUCUGCUGGUGGUGCAGUGAGCUGCUCAACACCUCCCCCCAGCCUUCCAAGCAGCACCAGGUUUCGAUCUGAGUCGAGUUCACUUGUCCAGAGUGUGCUGACAGUUCCCUUCUCAAGCCCACUCACCAGCACUCUGUGCAGCAUCUUGGUUACUGAAGAGACCAACAAAACCAGCGUAUCCCAGAGAGUUGAACACUCCUCGGGGAGCCAAGGGCCAAGGUUAGCAUCUGAGUCAAAUGCCGCCCUAAACAGCACCCAUUCCCACAAGGACAAUAAUGUAACAGAGAAGAGUAUCUCCUCAGGUACAUGGCCACAGAUGAAGAAGCAUAACCCUCCUUUAAAUGAACCCCAGAUGACUGUGGGUACCUGGGACAAGGUCACACAGAAUGCUGCAUCCACAGGUGAGACCUUGACCCAGAGCAAACCCAGCCCACAAACAGUUGAGCUCAAUCACAGCCCAACCAGCCCCAAUUCCAGCUAUGAUCCUCCACAACCUCCUGAUCCAGACCUGAACCUCCAAAAGGACGAAACUCCUCCACAAGACCCUAGGUUCCUUAAAUCUUGCACCACAUUUUCUCAAAGCAGAACCUCCAUCUCUCAAGAUAAAACUGUUCUACAAUCUUGCCCCGGCUCAGGGAGUAAAGCCUCUUCCCAAACUGAAAACCCACUCUCCAGACCACAAAAGGGUGGUCAGAACAGUACAGGCGUAAGUUCAGUUAGCCAGCACAUCAUUUAUCAAUCCACUUCAAACAGUAUUAGAAACUCAGCACAGGCCUUUAGCAGCCCCAGUUCAGUCAAAGAAAGACCAGAGAGAAAGACUGAGCCAGUCUCCAACCGUACAGAGUCUGCUUCCCACAGAGAAAGUAACCCUCCAGUGGAGAUGAAAUCCAGUGAAACUAGUGUCCAAACAAGUAUGCCACUAUCCAGGAACAGCAACCUUCAACAGUCACAUCCAGAUCCAACGAGUGGAAAUGACCAAGAUGUUCUUUCCUCCCAAUCCAGCAAGGAAGCAUCCUCUGUCUCCAUGCCUCAGAGUAGCAGCCAGACCACGACCACCACUGUCAUCCAGCAGACUAAGACCGUUACUCCAGAGAGUCCCUGUAAUAUGCUGCAGGCCAACAGUGAUGUAAGGUCAAAGCAAGAAAGUCCUCUCUCACAUGGGAGCAGAGGUCUACCUGAAGUCCACGGCACAGUUAUUCAAGAGCCAAUCUGUCCGAGCAACAUCAGCACAUCCAGCAGUGCCAUCACCAGUUCUAAUAGCUUCAGCAGCCAGCAGAGCCACCAGACAGUCCACACCUCCCACGGGUCUACCUGUACCCAGCAGUGUGUGCAUGACACUGGCAUGACCCCCGGCAGCUCUGCCAGGCCCGCUGCUCCUCCUCAGCCCGAAGCACAGACCCAGGCUUUGGCACAGCAGGCUAAUCCGCAUGUAACCCCACUGUCCUCUCCACCUCAUCUACUAACUCCAGACCAAGACCCAAACAUUUGUCAGCCCACAGCCAUCCGUGAGGAAAUCAAGCUAACACCUCAGAUCCAAGGGCCUUCCCUUCCUGCUCCUCCUGUUCCCCAGGCCCAGGCAGAGUCUCUUCCCCAGGGAAAAGCCUCUAAACCUGGCCCUUCCUGCUUCACCAGGCCUCUGUCUAGAGCCAUCGUCAUGGAGGGCUCUCCAGUGACACUAGAGGUGGAGGUGGCAGGACACCUUCAGCCCGCACUCACCUGGUCUAAAGAAGGAGAGUCGUCAGACCCCGGCCCGGGCCGAGCGCUCGCCUGUGAGGACGGGAAACGUUUCCAUUAUAUCCCAGAAGCGUCAGACUCAGACGGAGGGUUGUACGAGGCCCGGGCCGCCACGCGUCACGAGUCCCUGAAAGAAGCUGGAAACAGCAGCGGUGGUGAAAGGUGGCUGGUGACAGAAGUGUUAAACAUCAUCAGUGUGGACUGGCUGACCUGGUUUGGUACUCUGUGUGUUCUCUUAUGGCUCCUCUACCUGAUACUACUCUAAUUUAUACUUUCUACAGGAGAAAAGGAACAUUUUGGACAUUCAAACCUGGAAAUAUUUCAGACAUUUUUAAGAGCAGGGACAGAAAAAGAAGGUAUGUGUGGCUAAUGCAUGUUAAACUUUACACACUGGUAAAUCUGAGAGUUAGUCACACAUGUCUGUUUGGGCAUUUAAAUACCAAGUGGUAAUUCCUAAAGCUUUGUGUGGAUGCACCUUAAAAACAUGAUCACAUAUCUGACUGAUGCAGAGGUGGUCUGGGAUGUCUUCAUCCUGAUUGGUUGAGUAGAUGCAACGUGUGCUGGCACGCAUUAAAGACCGUCCUGACGUGAUUCUGCUAGUAAACCAAAACAUGACUGCAUUUAAGGCCGACCAGCUUCACCUAGACUGACAGGAAGUGAAGCUCUUUUAAGAGAUCUGAAUUUUUCCUCUCAGCUCAGUAAAAAAGAGCCAGCCUUUCAGCUCCCAAGCUGCUCUUCAUUUGGCACCAUUUUGACUUUUAAAUCUUAAAACAACAGAAAAAGGAACCCCUCUUUCAAACAGGAGCUGGCCCCUAGAACUGGCUCAUCCAUGAACAAUACAUCACAACGCCCUCCUAACUGGUCGUCUGGAGUUGAGCUGUCUUUUUAAUCCAACCAAUAGAAUACCAGUGUGUCCUUUAAAAGCAUGUUGAUGACAACACGAGAGAAAAGCUGUUAAAGAGGCACCACUAGCCUCUUAGCUGGUGGCUAACUGGCCUCCAUUCAUUCUUAUCAGCAUGUAGGGAUACCAGACCAGGGUCAGAGAGCCUCAGAGAGGAUGGAUGGACUGUUGUUAGAGGAGGGACAGAGAGUUCUGAUAGCAGCUCAACACUGAAGACAGAGUAUGGAUGCCAGCUUGGUGUCACAAUGCCCAUAAUGCUUAAAUAAUGCAUAAAUGUAAACAGGGCCAGAGUUCACCAACAGGGAAGAAACUGGUACUCAGACACCCAAAUAUAAUAAACUAUCGUUAAUGAAGACCUGGAAUCAUUCUAUCAAGGAAAGCCAAUGAUAAUUAUUCAUCUGUUUCAAUACCAGGAAAUGAUGUUUAAACUUUGUGUGUUCACUAUUCAAUCACUGUUUCCUGUUAAAUUUUAAUAAAUAAUGAAUUCACUGAAACUGACUUUUGCACU